CCUUUACUUUAGUGAGCAAAUCCCUAUACCUCAAUUUGGCUCUCUCAAACUGCAACUCGGUCGUGAAGAGUGAAGACUCGCCGCUCUCUGCUACUACGUUUAUUUCCAGUCUCUGGUUCGCCGUUUCUCUCUGUGUCCAUAUCAAUGGCGACUGUGCCAGUAAACCCUAAGCCGUUCUUGAACAACUUGACUGGAAAGACUGUGAUCGUGAAGUUGAAGUGGGGCAUGGAGUACAAAGGGUUUCUUGCUUCAGUGGAUUCAUACAUGAACCUCCAGCUAGGGAAUGCUGAAGAGUACAUUGACGGACAGUUCACUGGUAAUCUUGGGGAGAUUUUAAUCAGAUGCAACAAUGUUCUCUAUAUGCGUGGCGUGCCAGAGGAUGAAGAUAUAGAGGAUGCUGAUCGUGACUAGAAGCAGCGUCGGGCUCAUGUUAAAAGAAUUUGUUGGAUUGUUUUGAGCUAAAAUGAUGAUAUGGUCAUGGUACUUUUGUUGUAAGCAACAGAUCUUGUCUAACUCUUUAUGUUCUGUUCUGAUAACUAGGUUGAUUGCAUAUGAAUAUCCAAAUUGAUACGCUAGCAUCUGUAAUCCCAUCGAGUAAUCAAUCAUCCGCUGAUUGGGAUCGAGGCCUGACAGACAUUUUCCCGCUUUUAAUGGAGCAGAUUCUGUUGUUAUUUGCACUUAUUUCCUAAGUAA